AUGUCAGUUGGCGCUUUCGACUCAGAAGAAGUAGAUAUCCCGUUCACAUUACAAAAUGAACUGAGUUCAUCAAUGGUGAAUAAUGAUACACCUUUGACAUUAUCACUUUCAAAAAAUAAUAAUAAUAGCAUAAAAACAUCACAACCGCCAUCCCAUUACUUGCAUAUUAGAAACACUAGCAUAGACUCCAUCAAGUCGUACACAACUUUAGAUAAAAACCUAUCAAAGAUUAAUAGUAAGUCAUCAGAUAGGCUCUCUGAGAUAUCAUCAUCUUCCAUGGAAUCAUUGAAUAUGUUAUUAGAGAAGCAACGAAUAAGACAAUUAAAUCACCCAUUGCAUCAAGAUCAUAUAAUUCCUUCUAAUAAUCUAAAUAUCGAGAUUAGACCAGUAAAAGAAACAAACAGGAUUUCGUUGACUUACGACCCAAUCUCUAAGAGAAAAGUACUGAAUACGUAUGAAAUAAUAAAAGAACUAGGACAUGGUCAGCAUGGAAAAGUUAAACUGGCGAAGGAUUUAGUCACGGGAAGACUAGUGGCAAUUAAGAUUGUGGAUAGACAUGAAAAGAGAUCAAGAAUGGUACCGAAAUUAUUCAAAAAAAUAAUAGAGAAUGACAAAAUAAAGAAAGAAAUUGCUAUUAUGAAAAAAUUACAUCACAAACAUGUUGUAAAAUUAAUCGAAGUUUUAGAUGAUUUGAAAUCAAGAAAAAUUUAUUUGGUUAUUGAAUAUUGCUCAAAGGGUGAAAUUAAAUGGUGCAAGGAUGAUUGUUUGGAGAUGGAAGCAACAGGACCACCUGUACAAGAUUUUCAAUCUAUAAGAUCUUUCACUCGAGGCGUCAUCCUGGGACUGGAAUAUUUACAUUACCAAGGUAUUAUACAUAGAGAUAUUAAACCGGCAAAUCUUUUAUUAUCAGAAGAUAACGUCGUUAAGAUAUCUGAUUUUGGUGUCUCCUUAGCUUCCACGAGUAUAAUGAUCGACAAUACAGUAGAAAAUUUGAAUGACCCUGACGCAAGAAAGAAGAUCUUGAGUAGGAAGAAAUCAAGUGAGGCUUUAGAUGAGUUAGAGCUCGCAAAGACGGCGGGAACACCAGCAUUCUUUGCACCAGAAAUAUGUCUAGGUGACGAAAUGUUCACGAAAUAUGAUGUUGAUAGAAACGAAUUGUUCAAGGGAUCUUGCAUUUCAUUGAUGAUUGAUAUAUGGGCGCUUGGUGUAACAUUAUACUGUCUCUUAUUUGGUAAGCUACCAUUUAUAUCUGAUUUCGAACUAGAAUUGUUUGAGAAAAUUGCGAACGAUGAAGUCAAAUGUCCUUCAUUCAAGGAGCUUUCUAAAAAUGGAGUCUCCAUGAUAUCGUGCGAGGAAGAAUAUAAUGCUGCAGUUGAUCUGGUUAACAGAUUGUUAGAGAAGAAUCCUUCUAAAAGAAUCACGAUUGCCGAUAUCAAGAGACAUCCUUUUAUUUGUUGGGAUUUCGAGCAUACUACUGGAUUUGAUCAAACCCUUGUAAAUAUGAAGAAUAAUGAAAAAGAAAUCUUUCAACAAGAUCAAAAAGAUACAUAUGAACAAAUUUCAAUUACAAAAUCAGAGUUACGUAAUGCAGUUUCAGGUGUCGGUAAAAAAAUUAAGGAAUCUGUGUUAAAAUCUUUACCAUUAAGGUAUUAUUCCAAUAAGACUGUUAAACAAAAGAUAAAUGAUAAAUCUAAAUCUUCGGAUAAUAGUUAUUCAGGAUUUGGUAUCUCUAACAGUAGGGACUCUUCAUCUUCUUCCCUAAAAUCCACAACAUAUUCUGAACAUUCUUUGCGUGACGCUAUUUCUGAUUCUGAAAGCGUCUCCAAUAUUACUAGAGGACCAAUAUCUGAUGUAAAAACUCUGGAGAAAAUUGGUAGUGAUGCCAGCAUACUAUUAAGUGAAGGUUCAAUAAUGACAGACGCUUAUGGUAAUAAUGUUCAAACUUCCAAAUCGGAAACCGAGAUCAGCAUAGGUGAUAAAUUAGAAGGUUCAAGAAGUUACAGCCAGAGUGCUAUCCCGUCUUAUGAAAACGAAUUACGUGCAUUUGAGGAGAGGCGAGAAAGAAAUAAGAAUAUGGUUGAUUUACCGAUUAAUUCAUCCUUUGCUUCACUUGACUCUUUUUAUAUUGAUAAUUAUGCUAUGAGUAAAGUUGGCCUUACAGAAGAAAACAAAAAAAGCCAAUCUUCUUUCCAACGUUCCGGAAGCUUCUUAAUUAACCCACCAAACGUAAACGCUAAUGGUUUAAAUUACAUGACAUUGAGCUCGUCAUCAUCUACUCUAAGAAAACCCUCUUCAUCUGCAUUAAACUUGUAUGGUAGGGGCACACCAUCAACAAGAACUCCUGUAUCUAGGAUAAAUCGGCCACAACGUAUUGCCAAUAGGUCAAUCAAUCCACACACUGUCGAUUCUAUAAGCCCACAAGAAGAUAUACCCACCUCCGAACGUAGAGCUAAACGAGGUAAUUUCAUUGAUAUAUUGAAUGAGAGUGACAGUAAUAGUGAAUCGGAUAGUGAUGGCAAAUCAACCUCAUCAUCCCAAUCAUCAUAUUCAACAGAAUCCGCAUCUUCAUCCAAUUCUUCGAGCUCGUCACGGUCAGGCUCGUCAUAUAUCUCAGAAGAAUCAUUGCCAUUUGAGUUUGCAUAA